AUGCGUUGGUACCCCGCUCUGCUCGUCGUGGCGGCCUCACUUCUCGCCAGCAGCGAUGCUCUCUCAUCGGCUGCAGACUUAGCUGAGGUGAGUUCGACCGCAGCUGUGGCCUCUAUCGUCACUGAGACCACCGCGAGGCAGUUCUUGAGAGCGGACAAGACGGAUGCCGAGGCCAAAGACGGCGACGCUGAUGUCGACUCGGAAGAUCGAGUUGUGCCCGAGUCGCUCAAGUCUCUCAACACAUUCAAGUCGAUCAAGAAGACUUUCAGUCGAGCCGGCAGAACGUUUAGCGAACACGUGUCGCCCGUGCUACCACUGAAGGCGAGGCUGCAAGUUUGGGCCAAGAACGAGAAGUCGGUCGAGUUUGUCAGACAGGAGCUAAUGCUCUCGACCCUGGACGACCUGACUGAGGCCGCGCGCAAAAAGACCACGAAGUUCAAGUUCUACGACGACUUUGUGACCUCCCAACUGCCGGUUUGGACCAAGAAGCAGCUCACGCCGACCGAGGUCAAGGAGGAGUUGGGUCUUCUAAACCUGGCGGACAAUGUUCUCGAGAGACACCCGAAUUUCAAGUAUUACGACGAAUAUCUGAAUAGCCAAGCGCUGGUGUGGGUGAAAGACGAGGUCACUCUUAAUGAUGCCCUGAUGCGCCUUGGAUUGAACACGCUGGCUGAAGCGGAGCGCACCAAAGCGUUGAACUUCAAGUACUACGAAGAGUUUGUGGCCAACCAGAUUCGGGUCUGGCUAAGGGACGACGCUUCUGUGAUGGAAGUGAUGGGAAAGUUUCACCUGAACGGUCUCUCUGCUGAAGCUGUGCUCGCCCACCCGAACUACGGGGACUACAAGUACUUUGUCAAGAGGAAGUUGAAAGAGUGGGCAGAGGACUGGACUUCCUAUGAUGAUGUAUCCAAGAGGCUGGGUCUGGAGGGAUUGGCUGGAAGGACGCUUGAAAUGCACCCGAACUUCCUCUUCUUCAACAAAUACAAAAAGAAGGGGGAGGAGUAUCUACUGCAUGGCUGGCUCAAGCAGCGCCGUACCACGUUCGAUAUCUGGCAAAUGCUGAAGCUAUCUGAUUAUCGCGACAUUAAGCUGAGGACUUCAAAACCCUACAAGGUCUACGAGAAGUAUGUCAACCUGUUGGACGACUACAUCCUCAAGUUGACGAUGGAGAAUGCCGAGAUACCGCCGAACCUUGUGAGCAAGGAAGCCUCCGUCAGAGAGCUGCAAAUCAAGACGCAAAUCUGGACCAAGAACCUGCGCCCGGAGGACUAUGUCAAGAACCAGUUGGGGUUGAAGAAUCUGGAAGGAGACGAACUGAAAGCAGCACCGAACUACGAAUUCUACGAUUACUAUCUCAAGGGACGGGUGCACAUUAAGAAAGAAUGA